AUGUCGUCGAAGGAGCGGAGCAGACCCUGGUCUGUGUACAGAGCCAAUACGUUUAACAUGUCGUCAGAGAUGCUGGGCCUCGCUCUCGCAGGGAACAGUCAAGACCCUGAUGAACCUGUACUGGAAUUCAGUCUCAUAUGCAGUGAGCUGAUUACGCCGUCUCUGGACCGGAAGCCCAACAGUUUUGUGGCUGUUAGCUGCACCACGCCCCCACAGGCCUUCUGGACCAAACACGCUCAAACCGAAAUCAUCGAGGGUACCAGUAAUCCCAUGUUCCUCAGUAGCAUUGCCUUCUUUCAGGACUCCCUCAUCAACCAGCAGACCCAAGUCAAACUGUCUGUGUACGACGUGAAGGAUCGGUCACAGGGCACGAUGUAUUUACUGGGCUCAGCCAUGUUUACGGUGAAGGAACUGCUGCAGGAGAAGAACCACAGACUACACCUGCCACUCAGGUCGGCGGAAAAUGAGGGAGUGGGGAGCAUGACCGUUUUGGCGUGGCAGAUGGAGGAGAAAAGGGAUCAGCGGACGCCAGUCGCCCGUUUACCAGACACCAUCAACGGCAGGACCGUCCUUCCUGUUGACGAAAGCUUGACAGAAUCGUUGGGAAUUCGAACAAAAUAUGCAUCUUUAUGUAAAGACACAUUUUUACGAUCAGUGUUUGGGGGAACCAUGUCUCGGAUGUACCGGUUCCCGACCACUGAUGGGAACCAUUUGCGGAUCCUGGAGCAGAUGGCAGAGAGUGUGCUUUCACUCAAUGUCCCACGCCAAUUUGUCAAACUGCUGCUGGAGGAGGACACGGCCAGGGUGUGUGAACUGGAGGAACUGGGCGAGUUGUCUCCGUGCUGGGAGAAUCUUCGGCGUCAGAUUGUGACACAGUAUCAGAGCAUCAUCCUGACCUAUCAGGACACUCUCAAUAAUCUUCAGGAUUAUAAAGGUCCUUCUUUCAAAGCCAGUAAUCUGAAAGCAGAGAGGAAAAUGGAGUUUAUGCCGACCAACCUCCAUGUGCAAAGAAUGAGAGUACAGGAUGAUACUGGCUUUGAUCACACGUAUGACGUGGUGACCCUCGGCGCCCCUGCGGCUCACUGUCAGAGCUUUAAGAGCGGCGGCCUGCGCAAACUCAUCCACAAGUUUGAGGACGCAAAGAAACAUUAUUCUGAAGAGUGUGCCGCUCUGUCCAGCUCCCAGUCCAUUGUCUACAUCCCCCAGGACAUCGUCCGUGCCAAAGAGAUCAUUUCCCACAUCAACACGCUCAAGACUCAGGUUAGCUACUACGCCGAACGCCUCUCUCGAGCCGCCAAGGACCGCUCCGCCAACGGUCUGGAGAGAACGCUCGCCAUCCUGGCCGACAAGACGAGGCAGUUAGUAACGGUGUGUGACUGUAAGCUGCUGGCCUCGGCGAUCCAGGCCCUGAAUGCGGCGCGGCCUGAGUACAUCGCCUCCAAGGCCUCUCCCUCGGCCGACUCAGAGCAGGUGGUUCUGCGGAAUGACCAGGACACGCUCCUGGCCAAGUGGAGCGGCAGGAACAGCCGCUCGUCGCUGCACGUCGACUGGCACGAGGAGGAGUGGGAGAAGGUGUGGCUAAACGUGGACAAAAGCCUGGAGUGCAUCAUUCAGCGGGUGGACAAACUCUUACAGAAAGACAGAAUCCACACCAGCAGCAGCGGAGAGGACGUUUUCCAGCUCGACCAGCAGGGCGGCGCCACUAAGAAAGAUGGCAGUCCCUGUGGAGAGGAGACCUCGGCAGGGGAGUGGAGUGAGGCAUUAUACCCUCUGUUGACCACUCUGACGGAGUGUGUGGCCAUGAUGAGUGAAAAGGCGAAGAAAUCCAUGGUUUUCCUGCUAAUGCAGGACAGCGCCCCCACCAUUGGCAUGGAGCUGAACCUACAGUACCGCAGGGAUGUGGUGUUCUGUCAGACGCUCACUGCCCUUAUCUGUGGCUUCAUCAUUAAACUGAGGAACUGUCUCCGUGACGACGGCUUUCUCAGACAGCUCUACACCAUCGGCCUGCUUGCUCAGUUUGAGAGUUUACUCAGCACCUAUGGAGAAGAGUUGGCCAUGUUAGAGGACAUGAGCGUGGGGAUCAUGGACUUGAGAAACGUGACCUUUAAGGUCACUCAGGCCAGCUCCACGUCCGCUCCCGACAUGCUCCCCGUCAUCACGGGCAACCGCGACGGCUUCAAUGUCCGCAUCCCGUUGCCCGGCAACCUGUUCGACUCGUUGCCGCGGGAGAUCCAAAACGGCAUGUUGCUGAGGGUGCAGCCGGUUCUCUUUAACGUGGGCAUCAACGAGCAACAGACUUUGGCCGAGAAGUUUGGGGACACAUCUCUGCAGGAACUCAUAAACGUGGAGAGUCUGGCUCGUCUUAAUUCCUACUAUGAGCAGUUUAAAGAGGUGCUGCCCGAAGACUGCCUCCCUCGGUCUCGUAGUCAGACUUGUCUGCCCGAGCUCCUGCGGUUCCUUGGUCAAAACGUUCACGCCCGAAAGAACAAGAACGUGGACAUCCUGUGGCAAGCAGCUGAGAUCUGUCGGCGGCUGAACGGAGUUCGCUUCACCAGCUGUAAGAGCGCCAAGGACCGCACCGCCAUGUCUGUGACGUUGGAACAGUGUCUGAUUCUCCAACACGAGCACGGCAUGGCCCCGCAGGUCUUCACGCAAGCCCUCGACUGUAUGCGCAGCAUUGGGACCAGGGAAGGGGUGACCCAGAAGAACCUGAGCGGGCUGUUGCCGGUGAGGGACUUGCGGCUGGAUCCCAGCUUGCUCUACUCUCUGCCCCUGCUGGCCCUCAGUCCAAACCUGCUUCUCGUAUGGCUCUUUCUCACUGUGGCCUACCUACUGGCCAAGCUCCGCUACAGCUGA